CCUCAGGGUCACCCUUUACAUAGAUACGGGACUACUGACAAAGAGAAUUUGACUCUUGCUCGUUUUAGACUUUAGUAACCUAAGAGUUUACUCAUUUUGAGGCUACAGCACCUUUUGAGAGAGCACCAAGAGAGCUUUUGAAGGAGGGAAAUUCCCCUGAGAAACCAAAGAGACCUCCAUUGACUUUUCAAUACCCUCGUCUUGACCACACCGACAUCCAGCAGAGAUGUACAGCAGCAACAGCUACUCACAGGCCAAGUUUGGCCUGGAGGCCAAGGACAUCCACAAGGCAAAGGGAAAGAGCUGCGGCUAUUACAUGAGGGUGGUCUUCUUCUUCUCCUCUCUGAUCCAGUCCCUCAUCAUCGUGAGCCUAGUGCUGUUCCUGGUCUACGGCCAGCCAGAGAAGUCUGCUGAAGAGAGGAGAGUAGAGGAGCUGGAGCAGAGUUUGAACAAGAUCAGCGAGAACAACAUUAACCUGAGGAAGGAUAAAGCUGACCUGGGAGCUGCGCUGGUGGCCAGGAAGGCUGAGAAGACAGCCCUGGAGGGAGAAGUGGCUGUGCUAAAGAAAGCAGCUAAUGCCUCCGGGGUGCAGAUCAAAGCCCUCAUACUGAAAGCGAGCCAGUGUGAAGCAGACAAGAAGAAAAUAGAGAUGAGCCAUGUCCGGGGUCCCAGCACCCCUCUUCAAAACACUUUCAUCGUCACCACUCCUAACACUGAGGUAAAAACCCUCCAGUCUCUGAACUCCCAGCAGGCAUCAAUAAUCAAACUGAUCGAAGCCAACUUCACCAAGACCAGCCAGUACAUCCGCAUCGAGAGGGACAAUGCCAUCAAGGACCGUGACGCCCACAACCUUGAGACCAUCUCUCUGCGGAGGGAGAACAACAACCUGAAGGAACAUCUGACUCUCUACACCCAGAAGUGUAAAGAGGACUUUGCCAAGUCUCUGGAGGGGAUCCAGAUGGUGACCAGUAACUUCCUGGUGCGCAUCGACAACCUGUUCCCCCAUUCCAUGACCUUUCACCUGACCUGUGAGAAGCAGACAGAGCAGAUGGAGAACAUCAGGGCCAGAUGCUCCAACCUGUCUAAAGAGGUAGAGGACAAGUUCCAGAGAUACCUGGACAACGUGGGGAACAAGGUGGCAAACAUCCAGGCCCAGUCCAGUCGCCUGGAGGUCCAGAACAGCCACCUGACCCUUGACCUCCAGCAGUGUCAUCAAAAUCGCAGCGUGACAGCGGCGGAGGGCAGCAGGCUGCUGCUAGAGAUCCGGGAGAACCACGAUAGGCAGGUAGAGACCCUGCUGAAGGAACAGAACCGGCUGAGGGAGGAGAAGAGCCUGCAGGGAGAGAGACUGGUUUUGAGGGAGGCUGAGGUCAAAACACUCAAUGGGAAGGUCGAGUCACUCACCACUGCUAUAACCAGCUGUAACCCUAAGCUCACCGGCCAAAAGCCUGCUGGACUGAUGUCAGCCUGGAAGGGGGGGCCAUCCAUUGCAGCACCAGUGAUCAGUAAACCCCCCAUGGUGCAUACACACCACUGACUCUCAUAGUCACUGGUGUUACACUCACUGUCAACUGCAGAAAUAAAGGUGAGGUGAGGAGAGACGGGUGUGAGGAAGAUGCCCCACUCACACAGCUCUACCUAGGCCAUGACAGAGUGAGAAAAUGAAGGCACUUACUGAUAUGGUCCCUGGAGAAUUGGGUGUGGUGCCUUUCAGUGAUCAACGUGUGCUGUUAGACCUUAAAAUGUCCAUGUGUAAAUACUACAGACACUAUAGGUUGUAUCUACUGUCCUACAUCAUGUACACUGAACAAAAAUAUCAUUGCAACAUGUGAAGGUGUUAGUGCCAUUUUUCAUGAGCUGAAAUAAAAGAUCUCAGAAAUGUUCAAUACGCACAAAGAAAACGUAUUUCUCUCAAAUUGUGCACAAAUUUGUUUACAUCCCUGUUAGUGAGCAUUUCUCAUUUGCCAAGAUAAUCCAUCCACCUGACAGGUGUGGCAUAUCAAGAAGCUAAUUAAACAACAUGAUCAUUACACAGGUGCACCUUGUGCUGCAGACAAUAAAAGGCCACUCUAAAAUGUGCAGUUUGGUCACACAACACAAUCCUACGUUUUGAGGGAGUGUGCAAUUUGCAUGCUGACUGCAGGAAUGUCCACUGGAGCUGUUGCCAGAGAAUUGAAUGGUAAUUUGUCUACCAUAAGCCACUUCCAACAUCAUUUUAUCGAAUUUGGCAGUACAUCCAACCGGCCUCACAACCGCAGACCACGUGUAACCACGCCAGCCCAGGACCUUUACAUCUAGCUUCUUCAAGGGAUCGUCUGGGGGGGGGAGAUGCUGAAGAGUAUUUCUGUGGGGAAAAACUCAUUCUGAUUGGCUAGGCCUGGCUCCCCAGUGAGUGGACCUGUCUCCCAAAUGGGUGGGCCUAUGCCCUCCCAGGCCCACCUAUGGCUGUGCCCUUUCCCAGUCGUGAAAUCCAUAGAUUAGGGCCUAAUGAAUAUUAAUAUUCCUUCUAUGAAGUGUAACUCAGUAAAAUCAUAGAAAUUGUUGCAUGUUGCGGUUAUAUUUUUGUUCAGUCUAAAAACUGUAUCUACAAAUGUACGCUGAGUGGACAAAACAUUAUGAACACCUGCUCUUUCCAUGACAUAGACUGACCAGGUGAAUCCAAGUGAAAGCUAUGAUCCCUUAUUGAUGUCACUUGUUAAAUCCACUUCAAUCAGUGUAGAUGAAAGGGAGGAGACAGGUUACCUUCAACUCAAUAUCAGGAUGGUGUCCUUAAUAUUUUGUACACUCAGUGUAUACAGUACAUAUCGCUUUUAAAUGUAAUUCAUUUAAUAAUGAAUUUAAUAGGGUUGACUUUAUCCUUGUAAUUCCACUUGUAUUUGAUUGCUGAGUUUAGGCUGGGAAUUCACUGUCUACUGGCAUUCACCGUUUACUGGGAAAAGCGUUGGUGUUCUCCUUUAACUCUAUACUCAGGUUAAAGAACAAUAAAUGUGUACAAAUAAAGUUAAUGUGAUUAUAUGUAAAUAAUUUUUCCUAAGACGCAAUUCAAUGUUUAUUAAAUGUUUCUGAAAGUG